CGCUGUAGCUUGUAGAAAUGAGCCUUGCAAAACAAUGUGGGAUGGCCAUGGGGUCUAGCCUUGACGUCUGGAGGCUCACCAAUCCCGCUGCUAAGUAGAGGUAGAGCGUCUCCGCGAUCAUCACCGCCCAAGCUCCAUUCUGCACCAGACAUCUUCUCCAACGCCACGAUACUCCCCCACAGCAACAUCUGGCCCUCUUUUCACAGCUGGCUAUCUUUUCGAUCGCCUCUCUGCUUCUCCCUAUCCUCCUCUGAAGAGGCCUGCGAACACAUAUCACACCAGCUACCAUGUCGAAUCAGACGUCCAACCAGAACCAGGCCGAGGCCUCGCAACAACCCAAGCAGCAGAAGGCACCCCAGGUACUCGAGGAAGAUGAUGAGUUCGAAGACUUCCCUGUCGAAGACUGGCCCCAAGAAGAGACCGAGCAGGGCUCAACGACAGCCAACGGCACAAGCGUCCACCUGUGGGAGGAGAGCUGGGACGACGACGAUGCGAGCGAGGACUUCUCAAAGCAGCUGAAGGAGGAACUCAAGAAGGUCGAGGCGGCUAAAUAGAUAGAGACGGAAUGAAAAGACGGACGAAUAAUAAUGUAUCUUGUUCGAAAUCAAAAGAACAGCGAGCUUUACAUCUUCGGGAAAAGCAAGGCGCAAGCCACGCUAGGCUAGAGCAUGAUAAGCCGGUUAGAGGGGUCGUUGUGACUUAUGCUGUAAUUUCCAAGUUUGGAGUACUGGACAGACAUCGUCGAUUAUCCAUCCAUCUCUUUCCACGAAAACGCUCCAGAAAAGGCGCCGAGAGUGGGCUUAUUGAGGUUGAGGAAUGAAAGACGAUAGGAAGUAUCGGAUCAGAACUUGCCUAUUAUGCUCUUUGAGGUAUAGCAACAGUAGAUAGCUAUGCAGAAACAUACAAGCACAUUAUAUGCCCA